UGAUAAGAAUGUUCUAAGCUAAUAAUUGAUAGACAACAUUGAAAGUGAAACAGGUAAACCAUAAAAUGGAGGGAAAAAACAGUUAAUGGUUUGAAUUGUUCGGAUAUUUGAUUAAAUCUACUUUUGAAAUAUAAUUAUUGUUAUUUAGAAGUUAAGACCAGAUCAUUCAUCCUUUAUUUCAAUUUGAGAAUAAAUUCCGAAACAUGCCAUGAUGUGACACCGAACUUGAACACCAAUUUUCUGAUGAGAUUUCUUCGAGGGUCUUCAUUUAAGACGUCUUUAGCAGUCAAAAGAAUAAAAAGAUACUACGCCUGUCACAGGAAACAUUCGGAUAUAUUCGAACUCUUUCUGCCACAAACCACCUUGAGAGCCCAGUCUUUGAAUCAUAUUACUGCCCUGCCAUUUCGUGCAAAAGACAACUCUAUCGUUUUAAUCCACAGAUUAGGGAAGUUUGAUCCUAAUGUGUGUAGCUUUGAAGAGCUAAUGCGAUUGGAUUUCUUAAUAUUUGAAACUCUUCUAACAAACCCUGUAACUCAACUUUGUGGAAUAACCAUGAUUUGCGAUUUGAAAGAAUUUUCAGCGGAGAAGUGGUCUGAGUUUACACCUUCAAGAAUUCAAUCCAUCUUCGAAAUAUAUGACCGAUCGUUGACGCUGCGCAUCGUUGCUGGACACAUCCUAAAUGCUCCAGUUAUUAUGAAUUCUCUGUACAAUUUGUCCCUCAAUAGACUGGAUCCUGGACUUAAAGAAAAACUUAUAUUCCAUCCAACUGGUGAGUGGGAGGAGCUUCAUUCACAGAUUCCAAUGAAAAUUCUGCCUGAAGAAUACUUUGGUACCUUACCCUCAUCUGGACUUGUCAAUCUGUAUGAUUUAAUCAACAGUAAUGAAGACUACUUCUUUGAACUAAUGCGAUACGGAAUAACUCCGGAAUCGGAGCCUUUAUAGUCAUAAAGCAGAAAUAUCUAGUCAUUCAGCAGAUUCCACAGAAAUAUCUAGUCAUUCAACAAAUUCCACGGAAAUAUCUAGUCAUUCAGCAGAUUCCACCGAAAUAUCUAGUCAGUCAACAGAUUCCACAGAAAUAUCUAGUCAUUCAACAGAUUCCGCAGUAAAUUGUACCUGAGGAACAUUUUGGAAUUUGCAUCACCUGAACCUGUCUACCUUUAUGAUUAAAUAAACAGUAAUGUAAACUACUUUUGACAAAUGCAAUGGGGAAUAAUUCCAGAAUAGAGGAAUUUGGAGUGAGGAAAAAAUCAAUUCGUAGAUAUGGUAGAAGACAGACACAAGUCAGAUUUAAUAACUGUUCUUGAAUAUUAAAAAAAGAUUUUAUUCAAUAAUUACUAUUGGAAGUAGAUAAAUUAGUUAUUUGUAAUAAUAUUGGUUAAUAAAGAAGUGAGUCAAAGAAA